AUGAAUCUCACCAAACGAAUCCAGGUUUCAUUUAAAAUGACAACAAUAAAAAUGUUUGCUGGGGUGAAAGAGAUUCUAAGAGGGUUGUUAGAUCCUCUUUGGAUAAUUGCGAAGCAUCCAGAAGAUGGAUUAUGCAAUCGUAACAUUACUGAUCUUCCACCUGAGUUGGGACUAAAGAUAUGCAAUACCUCAAUGCCUCGGAUUUGUAAAACAAAUGGUUUAAAAGCAUCAAGCAGCACCCGCUCUAAAGAUUGGGAAAUUCUUGAAGAACAAGUUGUAAGAAAAUGCACCAUCAUAGCUCUACUAGACGUCAACAAUGAAGAUCAUGGCAGAUCAUACAUGACAAAGGGUUCUUCUAUCGCUUUCAACGAAAGUAAUAAUUUUGCUUUUGUUUCUGAUUUGUUUGUUUGA